GCAGUGCAUCUAUUCGACAAAGCAGCUAGAGGAGUUGCUUUUUCGCAGCUGUGGCCACUUUUGUUAACCAUGGCCGAAGGCCAACGAUCAACAGAGAACUUCGCAGUGCAACAAAAGAAAAUUCUGGCGGUUCUUCCACUACGGUGCCAGUAGUUCCUUUCCGUCGAUCUGCGGUCGCUGUUUGUUCGUAUGUAUGCUUUUCUACAGGCGUAUGUAAACCUGUGGACUUUCGAGUCGGCCUAUUUGUAUACGCUUGUGUAUAAACAUGCGUUGUGUCAGAAGUUGCCCUUGCGGCUGAUGAGGGGCUAUGGUUUUCUCCAGUAGUCGAAGUUACUCCCGUCUGUCCCGUCUCGCAUGGUAAACUCUAAAGCAUCUCUUUUGUCGCUCAUCCAAACAUUUUUCCACGGUAACGCGUCUCCGUCAAAAAGAGUUCGUAUCCUGGUCUCGAGAUGCCAGCCUUCAAUGGUGCGUCUCGUGAAGAGCCGGGGCGCUUCCCUCACUCGGAUGCUGUGAAGUCAAGCGCGGACUCCUCGUCAGCCCCGCCUUCUCCAAGCCCCAAAGAAGGUUCGUGGAUCCCAGGCACUGUGCUGCAUCCUGACGACAUUCACCAGAGUACGCGCCGCCGCAUCGAGUAUUUCGAGGCCAAGCAGGCAACGCACUACGAGAAGAAGGAAAACGACGCCAUUCGCAAACAGAUUGGAAAAGAAAUCCGCGACAAAUGCAGGCCAGAGCUCGACGAAUACUAUGACUGCAUGUGUGACCGCACUUUCACCUUCAUCGCCUGCCGACGCUACGCGGAGGCCGUGCAGAAGUGCGUCAAGAAAUACGAAGAACCAGAGGCGAUGAACAAACGCUGGGAAGAAGUUGCGCAAGAGCGCGAAGCACUCGGACUCAGCCGCAUCAAUCGCAGGCAGAGAAAAUACUACAACAAGUACAUCACUGACUUAGACGGGUCCGGCUGGCUUCCCAAACCAAAAACAGAGGUGCCUGGAAGUGGAAACAAGGAAGAGUAAAAGUUUUUGCCUCCAGUGAUCUUUCCGCCAAAGAUUGUAAAAACGCGGGUUUUCUUCGUUUCGCGUUUUCCCCUGCUGCCUUUUAUUGAUGGGCACCGUUAUUUGUUCGUGUGACUUCCACAUAAAAUCCUCACACAGGCUCCGACGUGAACCCAGCAGUUUGUUUUUUUUUGUAUUUCUUAAGGUAAAGGUUUACAGACACGAGUGCGUGUACAGUUGUACCUCUUUCAGACGAUUCACCCAACUUGUGUUGUCUU